AAAGGCGAACCCUUCGCUACACUGUUUGACGUCAUAAAAUCUAAACUAAUCAAAUCUACAGCUGCAGUGCUGAAAAACAAUGUGAUUUAGAAGUCAAAUAAUCCGUCACCAUGUUCGAGGGCGCAGUAGCCGGGAUCCUCAACCGGCUGCUGGGCAAGUACGUCCAGGACCUGGACACUGAGAACCUGAACGUUGGCAUCUUCUCUGGAAAUGUCAACCUGACUGAACUGAGACUCAAGCCUGAGGCUCUGUACGAGCUCGACCUCCCAAUCGAUGUCAAAAUCGGCACCAUCGGCCGAAUCAAUCUCCAAAUCCCCUGGUCUGGUCUCUACACCCAGCCCGUCGUCGUCAACAUCGAGGACGUCCUAGUCCUCGUCGGUCCAGCCAUCUCCAACAGCUACUUCGACCCUGAACGUGAAAAACGACUCACUAGAGCAGCCAAAAGAAAAAUCCUCCAAGAUUUGGAAGCGGAGAGUGAGAUCCUCAAAGGCCCGCAGAAUUUCUUCGAAACUCUGUUCACGGCUAUAGUGAAUAAUUUGCAGAUUUACGUCAGGAAUGUUCAUGUGCGGUAUGAGGAUUCGAUCAGCUCGAAGGAUGGGCCGUUGGCUUGCGGGUUGUGUUUGCAAAGUUUGUCCAUCGAGACCACUAACAGCAAAUGGAAACCCUCAGUAACCCCAGCAAACGCAUCGACAGUGUACCAGAUGAUGCGCAUAGAAUCCCUCUCUCUCUACUGGAACCCAACAGCCACGGCUCUGGACGAUGCAGAGAUAGCCAACAUUACUCCUAUGCAGUAUUAUAACUGGAAACAUUAUAUGAUGACUGGCCUGGAUAAGUUCUCUAUGCAUCAUGAGGAUUUUGAGUUUUUACUCAAACCAGUAACCUGCAAAGUAAAGGUUCUCAUUAACCGCUCGAGUGAAGCUCGCGUCCCUCGCUUGUUAUUGGACGCCAUGCUUCAAGACAGCGCACUGCAGUUGUCAAGACGACAGUUUCUGUCUAUUGAUAAUCUGAUGUCUUCAUUCCAUAGGAUACAGUUAAACAGAAAAUACCGCCACCUUCACCCCGGUGUGCCAUUAUUCAAAGAUACCAAAAAAUGGUGGCGUUACGCCUACAACGUGGUACUCGAACAGCGCGUAAGACCUUACACCUGGGCGUCCAUUCAGAAGCAUCGAGCGAACUACAAUAACUACAAGCAGACUUAUAAAAGUACGUUGAGGAGUCCUCAUGAUACGGAGCUGAAGUUGGACCUGCAGCAGUGUGAGGAUAGCUUGCCGAUUAUAUCGGUGGUUAUAGCUAGGGAACAGGCUAAGUAUGAGCUGCUUUCUCAAGAGCCAGACCGUAUUGAGGUGGUUGAGUCAGAGUUUGACUGGUGGCGGAGCGAAGAAGAGGAACCGCGGGUAGAAUUAUGUGUCAAGACUGAACGAAAGACACUUUGGAGCCAUCUCUCUAGCCCUGAGCGGAAGAAGGUUUGCGAGCUAAUAGGUUACGUUGAAGGAGCGCCAAAGGACAAGUCAAAACAAUACAUUGAGCACAAACUAAACCUAACAUUAGCUAACUGUUCACUGACUCUGAUGAAUAGAAACAAAGAGGUCUUGGGAGUUACUCUGACGCAGUUUCUCGCAUCACUAGAAACUAGACCUUCAGCUAAAGCAUAUAAGCUCUCAGCCCGUGCAGAAAGCAUAGUCAUGGAAGGACUCUCCUCCGACGGUGAACUGGUGCCUCUACUCACAGCAGAGAAAGGUUCCCCUACCAGUACGAAUCUACUAGCUUUGGAUAUAGAGAAGAAUCCAGCGAGUAGCGAGGCGGAUUACGGGUUAUGUUGCUUGUUGGAGCCAGUGGAAGUGACUUAUGUGGAGCACGCGUUCACCGAGCUGAUAAACUUCUUCCAAACCCACUCAAUGACUUCAGAAGAACUAUUCGAAGAGUUAUCCCACGCCGCCGAUAAAGCGGCGGUGAUGGGCCGAUCAGUUCUGGCUUAUGCUGUGAGCAGGAAGAAGAUGUUCCAUGUCAAUGUCGAUGUGAAGGGGCCGUGUGUUAUUGUGCCGGAGUAUGGGUGUGCUAGCAAAACUGGUAAACUAAUGGUAGUGGACAUCAGCCGUAUCAUCAUUAAGUCCGACCUCCAACCUUCGAACCUGGCGCUGGAAGACGCCACGUGUAUGGAGCUGGAAGAGAGGCUGUAUGACAGGCUUCAUGCUGAGUGCUCUUGUCAGGUUCUAUUCUGUGAAGGCGUUGAAUCCUGGCGCGAGGCACGACGCCAAACUGACUCGGAACUUCAUCUGGUACCGCGUAUGAAGACUCAGGUCGUCUUUUCAAACAGCAUUAAGAAGGAUUACAAAUUGCUACCAAGAUACAAACUGAACAUAUCCCUCUCAAGCGUAAAACUGAACUUAUCUCAGCGCACCAUCGCUUCCCUUCUGGAUUUCCUGGACAACUUACCUGUGCCCGUUCCGAACACUGUUCCCGUUUCAUUCAUGGACUCCGGGGAUUAUGCUGAGGAGCUUGAGGAACCGGAGAUGACGGCGAUGAUGAAGGAUAAGGUGCCGUGUGAUCCAGGUCAUGCCGAGUUGGUUAGACUGCGCCAGAAGAUUGUAGCUGCUUAUUUGAGUAAAAACAAGGUACCAGAAUCAACAUUCGACCGAGCCGGCGCGAAGCUAGGCUUCCAGGAAUCUAAUCAAGUGUUCAUAUCAUCAGAACACAGUGACGAAGACAUGGAGGUGUACGCUCGCUCUGUGGACCUGCCUGGGUUUGAUGAUAAUGUGUCCCCAAGUAACAAUAUAAAUACGUUGCUGAGAUUCGUUGUUGGUGAGGUCGUGAUCAACCUCUCCCGGUCGUCGAGGGAAGACAAGGACCGCCCGUACGUGCUGCUAAGCAUCAGUAAGGUCUGCCUCGACGUGGCUUUGAUGCAGUACGGGCCCGCCGUGCAGCUGUGUGUCACUCAGGCUUCAUUGCUGGAACAUACUGAAGCAGGAGACGUACUGCUGCUCAGCAGUUCAGGGGAACUGCUCAACCUACUGUACAGGAAGGUGCGCGCCGACUGCCCGGACUUCCGUAGCCACUUCCACAGCGUGGAGCAGAGCCUAGUGGGUGACACGGGGCCUAUCGCCAUGUCCCUCAACGCACAGGGACUUAAGGCCAUGGUGCACUAUCUACACUGUAUUUAUGAUGAAAUCCAAACUCGACACGAGUUGAACCUGAAGAAAGCCCUACUGCCAAAGACCAAAUCUCUCUGGGACUAUCUGAUGCAACCUGAAGCAGACCCGCCCGUGCCCUCUGGUGCCACCAAAUUCAGCUACUCCGUCAGGGUCUCUUCAGCCUCAAUAAAGCUGAGUCACCAACACGGCGCGUUGUUAGAACUGAGAAUAUGUGGAUUGGAAAGCGACUGUGUGUUCCGUGCUAACGAUAGAAUGAUAUUCAAGCUAUUCCUCGCUUCUGCUCAUCUAGAUGACUUGGCCGGAGCUACGUUGUAUCCUAAGCUAAUGUGGCCGGACGAAGACCGAGUCCUCGAGCUGAAAUACGUUCGCGCCGCGCCGCGUUAUUACGGACGGCAAGAGUUGAAAUCUCAUGGGGAGUUGAGGAUCCAUCUUGGGAGAGUGCAGCUGGUUUUGUUGAAUUGCGCUUUGCAUCAAUUGCAGCAAUUUCUGGAGCCACUAAUACCAUCCAGUGUGGCCACGGAGGCGGCAGUAGCUGCCGAGAAGGCUGCUGAGCGGCAAGCGCGCGGCAUCAGGACUUGGAGUGCGAGACUCAACCUUGUCAUCGAGCUCCACGCACCUGUUCUACUACUGCCUCAGAAACCAUCCUCGCCAAACCUACUCGUCUUGAAUAUGGGUGAUCUUCAGAUAGAGAACUUCUUCAAGCAAGUAACACGGGACGCGUCAAGUCCUAUACAGAGCCCGGUGAUAGACAACAUACUUGUCACGCUGAACAAUGUCACACUAUCCCGGGCCGUAAUGAGCCUCGCCGGGACACUGGAAGUGCAGGAACCAAUCCUCGAGCCGGUCUCUCUCCGUUGCGACCUGAAACGAGCCGUCUCCUACCAGCAACAGAGCGCGUCACACCGCGACCUUCUAUUAUGUGACGCCCACGUCACUAUGGACACGGUGGUUAUGAACCUGGGACAUAAGGAUCUGGCUACGCUUCGGGCUGUCUGGACAGAUAAUCUUAGCGAAGCCAGAUAUAUCGAUAGCAUCAUACCAAGUUCCCCUGUAGAAACACAACCGAGUGAUGCAUCCGUCAAGAAGUUGCAGGCUUUCUUCGCGCAGGGCGAGCCGAUACGAAAGGAGGCCGUUGUCAGAUUCACACUGGAAGGCAUCGAACUAAAGCUGUUUUCGGACAUGGAUGAAGUACUAUCCUCUCCAGUACGAGACCUGAACCAUGGACUGGCUAAACUGACUGCUGGGGAGGCGGCAGUCCAACUGGACUUUUUUUCUGAUAACAGUACGGAGAUGAGAGCUAGCUUACAGAGUUUGUUGGUUGAGGAUAUCAGGCCAGAUCCUGGCAUUGUUAUAGAGAAAAUAUUCCAAUCCCAAUGCUACACAAGCCGCGCCUCAACCGGUAUCUCCGUGUGCCGCCCGCCGCUCAUCGACGCGACCGUCCGGAUGACUGGAGCUAGAGGCACGAGUUGUGACGUCAGAGUGGACAGGACGCGGAUCAACUUGUCCGUCCCGUUCUUGAUGGCUCUGUGUCGAGCGCUUUUGGAAGCUGCUCCAGGUGAAAGAAGCAUGGAAGGCGGCGUUGUGAACCACGGCUACGUGGGCGAACACGCGAAAGGUAACAACAACCGGCCUGCGAGAUUCCCUAGCUCUAGUGAUUCUACAAGCGGAUACUAUUCUGCAGCCACAUUAGUACCAGAAGAGUCUCCAGGAUUAUCCAUCUCCAUACAAUUACGUCAGCCAGAAGUGAUGUUCUUUACGGACCAGGGCAAGUCGGAGGGCCACGCGUUACUGCUUCGCACUGAAUUGCUUAUUGACUAUUCGAGCCAUUCGAGUACUGAGAACUUCGUGAUUUCACUAGCAGGUCUCCAAAUAAUGUCGAAACUGCAGUCAAAACUGAAGAAUGUACCACCUCAAAUAGUUCUGAAGCCGUGCGACCUCGAGUUCUCAAAGAGCUUCAAGAAUAUUGAGGAAGGAGUGAAGGUGAACGUUAAAGUUUCGGAGAUAGAAGUGCAUCUGGCAGCUACCACCGUGCAUACUGUUGUAGAUAUAAUGGAAGAAAUCCAGUCAGAGCUGACGAUUCCCGACUGCGAGCCGUUCAACUUUUCGACCAAUCCCAAAUUUGAGAGGCAAGAUGACGAACUCUGGGCCCCCAAGAAGAUAGCACCCUACGUCAUUGUCAACCCUGAAGAUAGUUACGUACAGCCAAAAUAUCCGGCAGUCAAAGUGCAGGAGACCUUCAGCAUGGUGGUGCCGAGUGUUAGAGUGCUACUCGAAGUUGAGCAGACUGUGCGCGUCCCUGUAUUGAUGUUCAAGUUAACUGGCGAAUUAACGCUCCAUGACUGGUCACGCGCACUCCACGGCGGGGCGAGUCUUACAGCGCAUGCGUCGUGCUACAACGACCGCCUGGAUUGCUGGGAGCCGCUCUUAGAACCAGUCGUUUGUGAGGAGAACGUUUACCGGCCUUGGGAGCUCACUGCGAGCAUAUUCCAGGCUAAGGCGUACCCGAUGUCAUCUCGGCUGGACACGACCAUCCAAAAAGAGAACGACGCUGAGACCUUCACAGAUGGAGCGAAACGUACGAGGAAGCGUAACGAGUUCGAAUCCGAAACGUCUGCCGAUGAGGACAAUACGGACAACGAGAUGACGUUUAUAAAGAACCCACAAGGAAACAGAAAGGAUGCAGAAUACAGCGGGAACAUGUCGUUCCUUAACGCUUUGGAUGUAGAUGAGUCUGACUCGGAAAACGAGAACGGACUCAUGGAUAAACUGGCGACGGCUAUGGGACAUCUGUUUACCGACGAUUCAAGUGCUGAAGAACUAAGCAACGAUUCGGAUUCGUCUGCGCCUGAGCAGAGCGACGGAGAAACUGACAAGGAGGUCGAUAAGACUGUCUCUUUCAUCGACGGAGAGAGGAAAGAGAGGACUGUUACGGUUCAGGACCCCAUCCGUCAAGACAGCGUAGACUCCGGCCUCGAAUCAGAAACCGUCGAGCGUCUCUGCACAUACAUAGUGAUCGAAGCGCGCUCGGCGCUGAAAUUGACAGCGCACGCGGCGCUGGGUCGAGCGCUGGCUGCGCUCAGUGUGGAUCGGACGGCUUGUGUGGGGGCUAUUGUAACACCACCUCAACAACUGACACUUACUAAUGAUAUACAGCCGGGCUCCACCGUCCACCUGAAGACACAUUCGGAGACAGACCUGGCGGGAAACGAUCGGGUGCUCAUCGUGGCAGAUUAUGACGUGGACAGCAGCAGACCCAGCACACCAGGAUGUGAUACAUCAUCAGCAGAUAUGUUGGAUGAUGCAGCCGAAUUGAAACCUGAAACGACAGACGUCAGUGACGAUUGGGACUGCUUGGAAGGCGGAUUUCCAUCAUCAACUCUAGAGACCAAACCCACGACUUGGCAUUCUCCGUUAUCGCCACCCCCGGACGCCCCGAAGCUACAUCGACGGCUUACCGACAAGACACUUACUAUCAAACUGCAUGAUUUGGACGAGCUCACGAUUCCGUGCCCCCAGCGCACUGUGUCGAAGUUGCAUGUGCUACACCCGAGUAGGAAUGGAACCCGCUACUAUAUUGUUGUCGAGCGAACCUCCAGCUAUAACCAGCAGAAAAUAGUCGUGCGGUCGCCUCUGCAGCUCCGCAACGAAACCUCCUACCCGCUAGAGCUAUUCUACAAAAAAACUGACUUGCAAGCAAUCGGUGCUGAGCUGAUCGGAUCCGUCAGCAACCCGUUCGAUGAUAAGAUGCGAUUGGCGUGUGUGGCGCCGCAAGAUACGUACAACGUGCCGCUGUAUAUCGCGUACCAUUGCAAGUUGUUCCUGCUGCCCGUGCUUGCUGAGUAA